AUGGUUUUCACAAACGAGAACACAAGUUUCAAGACACGAGCAGUGCAGGUUCUUCUAUUGUAUUGCAUCCUCCUCAAUCCAGUUGACGCCAUGAGUAUGGCAUUAAAAUCCGCAACGGGUGGAGACGGUUUGGGUACAGUAGUUGGUGGGCUAAAACGGGUAGAUAAUCUGAACUUGGUGGCUGGCGCUGGAAAAGGACUGGGCAGUACCGCGCAGGAUUCAACCAAGCUAGGUGACACCGGAACGACAACUCUAGAUCUCGCGGCCAUGAGAGAAGGUAGCGCAGCCAAAUCACUAGCGCAAACUGCGGAGCCUGCAAAAGUUACCGAUGGCGCCUCAAAGGUUGCGCAUCUCAAUGAUGGUAGAAUGGUCCCAUUCGACGAGCCGCGAGUUCAAUCAACACAGCAAAAGAUCGCGGAACUCGACGAAAAGCUUAAAACUUUAAAACAGGAAAACGAUGAAUCUGGAGCCAUAGACAUGUAUGAGGGGAUAUUACACCAGUUGCAGAAUGCACGACUCGCGAAGGAACAAAAAGCGAGCAAAGUCGCCCAAGCACCCGAAGUCACCCAAGCACCCGAAGUCGCCAAAGCGGCCAAAGUUACCAAACCUAGGAAAUGGGCGCCAGCGUUGAAAGAUAUCAAUGAAGAAGAAACGUUACCCGAUGUAGAAGCGGCACCGUUAGCCAAUGUAAAAGGGUCAGACCGGGUACGCCUGCCCGUCCCGCGGAAGAACCAACUUGCCUUUGCGCAGCCUGAGCGAUAUACUUUCAAAGGAUUGUCACAUCUUUUCCCAAAGAUGGCUUCUACAUCCAAGAAGUCUAGAAUCCCGGCUGAAAUCACUACAAUCAAUCGAUUUGUUACACCGAAAGAAUUAUCUCUAGUGAAUAGAUUCUCUCGUUCGAAUCGAGUGGCUCGACUGGAACGAGCUCAAGCGGAUAAAUUGAAUCAAGCACCAGCGAAAAGAUUGGAUCGAUUGGUCUGCUUGUGA